UGAACCUGCCGUUUGGGUCUGCCAGAGAUUCACAGCGAUUUGAAUGCAGAAAUACUCAGAAAUUCAAUUUCGCACUUAGUUUUCUCAUGAUAUGUCCUGUAGCAUCAGAAAAAUGCCAUAUGAACAUGUAGACAACAAGAAAAACAUGAUUUUCAUCAGAGUGGGUCUUUAAGUUUGCCUCGUGUCACAUCCUUUAGAGAAAAGCCUCUUCACUAACAUUUAUGAGUUAUCUCUGUACUUCUCCUACAUCUCUGAUACAGAUGAUGUUGUCAUGAUUUGCCUCCAGCUUCAGAGAGCUGAGAAAACUGAGAAAACACAAUAUCUUUGUGUUUUUUUUAAUGUGGGAAGUAUCACCACCCCCGCAAAAAAACAUAGGAUGGGCACUGAGAAUACAACAGGGGGUAUAUGUGCUCCAGCAACUACUCUCCACCGCUAGCUGGUACUUUGAAUGAAAUGUCAGAGGAAAAAGAAAUACUGUCUCCAUUUUCACUUACUCUUUUUUUUGGUCCCAUCACUGAUGAGGUAACUGGUGCACAAACGUGAGCUUAAACAGGUGGAGAAAAUACAAAAACUUGAUAAGAGUUUGCAUCACAUCAAAAAACAAAAAACAAUCAGAAAUUGUUGGAGUGGAUUGAUUUUUCACUUAAACGCCUGCACCUGCCAGAGUAUUUGAGGGAAAUAUAUGAGCGGCCUGCCACUCUGUCAACAACAGGCAGCAAACACAAAGACUGUUGUCAAGCACUGACAGUGAAGACUGUUUCUGAUUAAAAGAGUGAAAGCAGAAGAUAAAUCAUCAGAGUGCUGCUCCAGUUUUGUAGUUUCUCAAAGGCCAUCUGUUAAAAAGGACCCCUCUCUUCACACAGACACGCUCAGCACCCCUCCUGUUCUUGCAGAGCGACAACAGACCACAGAUGUCAUGGAAGGCCACAGGGACCAUAAACACAUGAUCAGAAAACAUGGUCCAGAGCAGCAGUGAUCAGUGAUUCUCUGACAACCGGCAAAAUCAUCAAUUCUGAAUAAUGGACAUUUCUAUUAAGUCUCAAAAAAUAAAACCAGUGAUUCGUCAACUUAGCCGAUCUGUCUUCUUUAUGAAACCACCACUGCUGUGAUGUGCACACCCAGCAGAAUGACAAAUGGAUCAAAGAGGGAGUUAUGGGGAAAGAGUCACUUACUCCCUUCAUCGACUGCUGUUGGUUUAACAGUUUUUCUUGUCAUCCAAGUGGACAGGUGGAGGUUUUUAUCUGAAUGUAGUCUAUUGGCUUUAAUUAUGGGUGGUAAAUAAACCUGCCAACACAUUAAACAGUUGAUUCUGUAUAACAUACUCUGGGAACUAUGGACAACUCCCUCCAAUUUCCAGUGCUAUUUCCUGCCAAGACAACCAACCACAAUCCAAUUAGCAGCUCAAAAGGAGUGAUGUGUUUAGGAGUGAAAUUCACCCUCCAGAUUAGUUUGCAGAGUUAAUACUGUCAUUUUUUUAGCUCAUAUGUGUCUGGUUUUCUUGAGGUCUCAGGUUCACUGUGAAUAUUAAGUUACAGAGGCUUUACUGUGGCUUACAAGAGGUGAAACAAAUUAAUUUCAAAACAGGGCUCAAUAAUAACAUGGCCUUUCCAGAGAACGUUUAUACUGGUCAAAUGUUGUGGGUGUAGCCCACAGACUGUAUAUACUAUGGACAACUUGGCUGCGCCUUCUGUCAUUAUAAAAAUUUGAAGCUGAAUUGCUCUCCAUAUGGAUUUUCUCCACUUCCUGGAACCACCACUUGCAAAGUAGCGUUGUACACAUUCAGCAGGAGAGUCACCAAGAGUCACUAUGAUGACACUCGUCUCAAACAGUGUAUCCCCUGGGUGAGCUACACAAUCUUCGUACGCCCAUAAGCUGUCUCAAGUGUCAAUCAUAGAAAAGAUGAACCCCUGAUAACUUUUAAAAAUUGAGCAGUACAGAAAAAAGAGGAUUUGAGCAUACACCAGUCUCACAAUAACUACAUGUCAACAUCACAACCAGGGGGUAGAAAAAUGUAUAUUCUGUGUAAUUAAUUUCUUAAAUUUGUCCAUAGGGAUUGUUGGAGGAGGUAGACCUAUGCUGCAGCCCGUCACCAGAGGGUUCUGUUCUCGCGGGGGGCUUCACCCAGCGAGGAGGCAGAUGGCAUCCAUUCUGUAUACAGUCUAUGGUGUUACCUGAAAGCAGCACUGUGGCAGCAGACAGUAUCUACGCUAAGGUGGACAACCUAAUGAUGUGUCACUUGUAAACAACUUGGAGGCAAAGGGUCAGUUCUUGUUGAUCAAAUCAUCUGAUCACUAGCCUGAAAGGUUGUUUUCCUCAGAGCAAGAAGGAACCAAGCCCUGCUUUGAUAGAUCAUGGACGACUUGAGCAAGAGGUUACAGCAUUUGAAGUAAUCUGUGGGUUUUAAUGGAUAUAAUGCGUUUGGAUUAGAUCUUUUGCUAGACUUGAAUUAUGUGGAUGGAGAAGCUUUUACUGCACAGAUAGAAGUGAGCUGCCAUUUAUUAUACAUGAGAAGACCGUUGCUCUUCAGGAGGAUAGAAAGGAUGUAAAAUCACAACAUAUCUGUGAUGUGGCAUGUUGAAGGGACAUUAAAGUUCAAAACUAACAGGCAGCUCAUGCAAUCUGAACAAAGGAGCUCUCUGUGAACAAAGGUGCACAACAAAUGUCAUGUUCUGUCAUUUUUAAAAGUGAAAUGUUCUCAUUAAGAUAGAUCUCUCAGCCCUGUAUAGAAGAUCUCCUGGCAUAUAAUAAAUGUAUUUACAAUGGAUGAAAGGUUUUUCCUAAGUAAACUCAAUGUAAAAUAUCUCUACUCUUGUUCUGGACCCCUGAAAGCCAACUCAGCAGCAUCACAGACCGUUUACAGUUCAAUUACAGCCUGGAAGGUUCAAUCUCAGGAGGAAUCGACUGUUACCAGCUGAUUAGCUCUGCUGCUGCUGCUGCUCAAUCCACCAAGUGGAUCACACCAAUCUGCUUUUUAAGUGGUGCUGCUGCAAAGCUAUGCCCGAUGAAGCACAAUUGAACAUGAGAAGCUGUAUCUCAAAGCAUAGACCAGCGGGGGAGAUAAGGUAAAGCUGCCUGUAUAUGCUUGAGCACUCCAAGGAGAAUGAAAGGGUGGAUGUGUUUGUGUAAUAUGAAACCACAAGAGGCUAUAUUUCUGCUCUCAAUACCAGCUGGUGCGGUUGAAUCAAGAAAUACGUGCUUCCCCAUUCUUGGGCCGUGUAAAACUUCAAAGACAUGCCCCUGUAACAGAACGCUGCACAGACACACCUAAUGAUGCAUCGCUGUGAUUGAAAGGCUGGCUCAAACAUUAUCCAGCUUUUGCCUGCUCUGUGCUGAGGUACUCUGCUUUCAUGCCGGAUUCUGAAUUCAGCUGAGGAGGGGAUAAUUAUCUCGGCUGGUGGUAUGGAUCUGCUUGAAGCAAAGUGGAACAUGUGGGGAAAAGUGGAUGAAGUGCUCUAAUUUAUGAGGAAAAAGCACCAAGCUGAGGUGCAACAGAGAGGGAUUAAGUAUGACAACAAACGGAGACGCUGCGACUUCGCUCUCUGAAAUGGUCUAAUGUUGAGUGAGUUGAUGUAAUGUGGAGCAUAAAAGCUGGUCAUACCUUUUUAAACUGGCACUCUGUCAUCUUUCCUGCAUGUUAUGAAGGAAAGCAGCUACCCUCCUGUGGACUAAAGGCUCUGUAAAGUAGAAGAAGCAUCAUGUUAGUGAGGUUAACGGGACUUAUCAACAAGACAACCAAAUGCCAUCCAUCAUAUUUCUCCCUUUACAAGCUUGUAGAGUGACUUUUGUUAGGUAAUGCCUUUUCUUGACAUUUACCUUGACAUUUGCAACCAUAACCCCACCUUGAGAUCAGUAUAUUAGAACCUUUAUGAGUCUCAGGCAGUGCAGGGAAAUUUUUUAUUGAGAAUGAGAAUAAGUCCUUCUGCUGGCAAUGUUGUUGGCAUCAGGACACCAUGGACACCAUGCUUAGGUCAAAAAUUGUAUUCAAAACUUAAUAUUCUGUCACCUAAAAACCAAUACUUGACUUGAAUGUGAAUUUCCCAGUUUGGGAUAUAUAAAGUAUAUCUAUCUAUCUAUCUAUCUAUCUAUCUACAGUAUCUAUCUAUCUAUCUAUCUAUCUAUCUAUCUAUCUAUCUAUCUAUCUAUCUAUCUAUCUAUCUAUCUAUCUAUCUAGCAUAUCUCUUCUGUGGGUUUGUCAAAACUUUCUUGACUGGACUCAGCAUUUGUAUCUAAACUGACAGAGUUGUCUCAUUACUUGAGGACAGCACCUGGUAAAACACUUCUAUCUGGUCCACACUCACACAGUCAUUACUUCUCUCUGAAACACGCUGCAUUAAUACUUAAAUCUUUAAUCACUUGUCAAAACUUUACAAUACAACUUGAUGUUGAUAUGUUAGCUUCAAAGAAAAACACGUGUAUUUAAUGCUGUUCAUUCAAUUCAUUUAUUAAUCCGAUCUUAACCAUUUUAAAAAUGUUGAUCUUCUCCACAGCUCUAAGUUACAGACAGGUAAACGUGAAUACUUCCUCUUAAAAAGGGGAGGGAGGAGCUAAUUCAGGUGUACUGAUGGUGGAGCAUAUAUGUCUAAUUAGUUGAAGAGUUAUCGGUACAUAGAAUUAAAACUUUUAAGUUGAUGAGGAUAUUUGUGGGUAAAAUGGUGACUCAAAUGAUGAAAUGUGUUUGUAUAGAUUGAAUGUAAGUGUUAUAGAGACCUAUUUUAACUAAUUUGGGGAAAAUUCGAGUGAACUGACAGACAGCAGCUGGUUGGUCUAGAGAGGGAGAGGCUGGGCAUUUAAAAGCAUCUGACCACCAUGGGUCUUGAGAAUAAUCAAUUCAGUCUGAGUGAUGUGAACCAGACAAUUGCAGCAAGUUCUUGUGUAAGUAUUUUUAUUUUUUUGUAUUUUUUAUGCAUAUGACAUCUAGAAACAGUUUUUUCCCCACUUUAUCUGUGAAUAAUAAUAAUAAAAAACACAAUCAUAUGACUCAAGCCAUCAUUUUCUCAUUUUUCUGUGGACCAUUUUUGUAACAUACUAGAAGGUGACAUACACCACAGUACUGACAGUUGAGUCUGAUACGUUAUUGUAGAUUAUAUCUAUGGAUAUGGAUAUAUGUUAACUGAUGAGGGGAAUACUGUUUAUUAGUUAAACCUGCGUUUCUUUUGCUAUGAAGAGUCAUGUCUGCCAAAAAGAAAUUUAAAGCCUGAACUGAAGGAAGUUAAAGGAAAAAUUGCAAAGUGCAGUCUACGUUGUUAAAGCUAAAUGUAUCAGAGUACAUUUUGAAAGCAGAAAGUGUUGAAGCUUUCCUUCACCUCAGCUCAGCACGCAGGACAGCCAAAAACAUAUGAACCCUGCACAUUCAGCGGUAGCCUUGGUUUGUGGGUUUAAUUGGUAACAGACCACUCGAGUAAAUGAAACGUAAAUAAAAUGAUUUGACUCGAACUUACCAUCUGUGAAUUCAAAACACUUCAGUGGUUCGUGGACGCCACCUAGCGUUGGCUGUACCGACCUGUACAUGAUAAGCGCCACUGUAAGCAGCUCUACUUUCCAAAUGUUAAACAUUGCAGCGUGCACGCGCUGUCCGCAUACGCACCCUUUCAACAGACAAAUCUGUUAAUGUGUGAGGCCAAACGUCCACGCGCGCAGGUAAUAGCUAUAAGGCGCGCGCACAGGAAAGUGAGUUCAUCAAUCACAGUGAGCGACUGAAGCUCAGCCUUCACGUCAGCCGUGGGCUGCUUUUGUGCGCGUUCUCGGCUCAGGUUUGGAGAUGUCGGUGCUGUCUCCGCGCGCCUGUUCCAGGGGGGGAAAGUUUUUUUGAGUCCUAAAAGGAAUCCGACGAAAAGCGCAAAAUGUUGAGGUAAGUUUCUGAAACCGAGUGCUGUUUUUUUCUCUGCUUCUUUUAAGUGCAUAAAACUUGUGUUAAUGUGGACCUGAGGAAAACCGAUAUCUUCAAUAGCCUUGAUUUUCUGGCAUUGAUAUAAUGUCUUUUCGUCAAUUACACCAAAAUGGGAAAAUCCGCUGUUCUGUCUGUGUGUUGCUGUGAGCGAAAGCCUGUAUUGAUCAUCUUAUUGACUGAAGUAAGGCUCUGAACGGAUUUGCGUAUAAAAGUUGAUUUAUAUCUUUUGUUUUCCCUGUGCAGAUAUUAAAACAUAACAUUUCUGAAGUUAUCCACAGACCGUAAACUGACCCUCCUUUAGGAAGCCUUUGUGUGUGGGAGACCCCUCCUUGUCUUCGUGAUAUACUUUAAAUUAAUACCCUACCAAGCGUAGCCAUCAGCUCAAUAUAUGUGACUUUGUGGACUAGAGAAGGAAAGAGUCACCUUCAAGAUGUAGGUUGAAACUCACAAGGAAAAUAAUUUAGUUACUCAAUGCAAGUGGCUUCAUGUAUUAGAAACAUUUUUUUCUGAGUUGUACAAUAAAAUUACAUGGUUAUGCCUGAACAAAAAGGUUGUUGUCACAUUGAAACAAACCAUGCUUGUUUUUGAUUUGGGAAUUUCUGAAAAUAGAGUAAAGUUGGGUUUAAAGGCCUAUUAAGAAGUUUUAAAAAGUUUGCUUGCUGAUCACUGAUGACCCUGAGGAAGGUAAGAACAGCAUUUAAAGGGAUUUUGUUUUUUCACCCAACUGUACACAACCAUACAGUUAAAAUAUUAGCGUUUUCUAUAGCUGCUGAAGGGUUUUAAUGCUUUACAGAUACACCGGCCUGUAUGAAGGAAAGGAGUCAGGGAAGCUUUGAAGCAAUAGGGAGAGAUGGGAGAAAGCCCUGUAUGAUACGGCGAGUGUAACACAAAUUAAUCAGAUUAAAGAAUUACAGCAUUCCAUGGCAGAAUCUCACAAUCAUCCAGGCAAAAAUGCAGGUUUACAAUGUUGUAAUGUUGAAAGUUCAGCUGCUGCUGAGGUAAUUUGUGCCUGUUACUGCUCUGUCUCUGUCUGCUUUAUGUAUGACCAAUCAAUCAGACCAAACCUGUAGAGCCAACAGCAUCUCUACAGAGUAAUCAGACUCAUCCACAGCAGAGAUCAGGUGGGGCAGGGCAGGUUAAUGAGUGACAAGACCAGGCAGAAGGGCAAGUAUACUUUACACUGUAUGAGAGAGAGAGGCUAAAUGUGGGAACAUGGCACCUAAAUCAAACUGCAGAUAAUCCACAAAUACUUAAGCUGGGACCAACAACACCUGAAGGUAAAAGGUCAAAGGUCAUGAGAGAUUUAUUCCAGAGCUAUGUUGUGGAUUCAGUUAAAAGUUAUGAUUUGUGUAAGAUUAUUCAAGUUGUUGACUCAAAAUUUCAGUGAAAUAAAAAUGGUCUAGCAGUGUUUGUUGUUGGUUGUGCACUUCCUAUUUUCACAGUAAGUCAGUUUACAGCGAACAAGUGGUCCUUGUUGUGCUGUAAGAAGCUCAAACAAAGGGCAAGAGCACUUCAGCUUUUUAUGUACUCAGAUAAAGGUCAGUUUUGUGUGUGUGUGUCAUAGGUGUGCCACAUUUAGAAACAGACAAAACACAGCUGAUUGUGCUCUCCACUCGCUUAGAGAGGGAUUGCAAACCAACAAGACCUGGAAUCAGGGAAAUUUCAUGCAGAUUUACUCUGAAGUGAGGUGAUAAUGUCAGUCUUCUUCAGUUUGAUGUCCCUCAAUCAGACUGAAACCACCAAUUAUUUUCCCCUCAACAGAUGAGUACCCAUCCAUAAUCCAGCUUGGACAAUCAGCCAACCCUGAUUGGACUGUUACCCCCUCCGAUCAAGUUGCUGCCUGCAGCCGCUGUGGGAGUUGGAGUUGUCAUGGAGACGGUGGUGAUUGUUGCCAUAGGGGUUUUGGCCACCAUUUUCCUGGCCUCCUUCGUUGCCCUGGUGGUGGUGUGCAGACACCGCUACUGCCAUCCUCAUGACCUGCUGCACCACUUCGACUCAAAGUCAGUGAAUGUGAAUCUGGGUCAUUUAGUGUCAGAAUCCUACAUCUUUUUGUCAACAUUUAAAGUUUCUCUUAUGUGUUAAAUAUCAAGUUACUUAUUCUACAGGUUUCCUGAGACUAUUCUUUGUGAUUCUGGAUGAACAAGCUACAAUAGCACAUCCAUUCAUCCACUUUAUGAAAUGAUUAGGGAGGCCUUUGUGUCUUUUUUAACCUACAGUAAAGAGAUGCUGGAAAACAAGGGGGAAAGAGUCUCAACAAAGGCCCUCAGAUCAGGGAUGUUUCGCUCCAUGGUUAGCAUCUUAAUCCUUAUGCCAUUCUGGCACUCAAUCUGUGGGCUUCUCUGCAGCCUUUAGUCCUCAACUAUUAAGAUGUCUUUACUGUUUAUUCAGUCCCCACCACCUCUUGAUGCAUUAACUUCUUUGAUGAGUUAUGGUUAGGGAUUCUGUUAAAUUCAACAUAGCAACAUAAGAGGUUGUAAAUAAACUUAUUUGUUGUUCCCCAUAGCUUGGAGAUUUUUCAACAAAAGGUAUAACAAACCUGAAAGUUCUUCAUUUAGCUCCAACUCCUUUUGUAAUGAUUUACCAUUGGCCUGUGAUUCAGCAUGUCUACCUGUCCACCCACCGUUAUACGUGCUCUCCACCUAAGUCACUUUCAUUGAGUACUCAGAGAAACUUAGGCUUCUUUAUACAACCACAACUCAAAACUCAAUUAUCACUUUACCUCAAAGCAAAGCAAUAAAAGUAAGUUUAAAGAGCUUUGGGUUUUAGUUAGUAAUCCAGUUUGGUCUGUUUUUUAGGCCCACACAGGACCUGAUUGGAGCAAUGGAGACACAGAGUGAGCCAUCAGAGCUGGAGCUGGAUGAUGUGGUCAUCACAAACCCACACAUCGAGGCCAUCCUUGAGAAUGAAGACUGGAUAGAGGACGCCUCGUAUGUCUAACUUGCAUUUUGUGCAGGGGUGGAUCCAGACUUUUUGACUGGCCCAUCUGGGGGGGCUAACUUCUGCAGGGGUGACAUAAAAUAUGGAUGACAUCCAUCCUUACCAUUUCUGAUGAUCUUAUCUUACUUUACACCAAACAUAGAUGUUAUUCCUGUUUACAUAAUUUUAACUUUGAAAAGCAACUCAACAAAGUUGCAACAUAUAAAUCUCAGACAUAUUUUAAAAAUCAGACUUUAAAGAACUAAAAUGUGCUACAAUGACAAUCAGAGUCAAAUUCUAGCAGCAUUACAACACCGAAUUAAACAAGAGAUUCAUCUCUAAAAAAGUAAGUAGCUAAUCAUAGAGCAGAAAUUUGAUUGGCUCCUGGGGUUUCCAAUUAGAUGUGAUGGCCACCUCCUGGUGUCCACCCCUGUACGAUGGGGUGGAUGCACUACAUGAUUUUUGAUUAGUUACAGAUCCAAACUAACUCUGUGAUUUUUCUCCCCAACAGCGGACUGGUCUCUCACUGCAUCUCUAUCUUAAAGGUGACAACAACAGAAACUCACCCUUUUUAACUCUAUCUCUAGGAACACUAAUUAGCAGUUAUUUACACUGUUCUUUCUCAUUCAGAUCUGUCACACCUUAACCGAAAAGCUGGUUGCCAUGACAAUGGGCUCUGGGGCAAAGGUCAAAGCACCAGCCAGCCUGAGUGACAUCAUCACUGUAGCCAAACGCAUCAGCCCAAGGUAACCAAAACUUAAAAUUUAGGAUAGCCUGACUGGAGCUGGCUUACCUCCUCACACCCUCACUGUCUGAUUUCUCAGGGUGGACGACGUGGUCAGAUCCAUGUACCCUCCUUUGGAUCCAAUUCUCCUGGAUGCCAGGUAAUCAAAUUACUGGGUCUUUAAAAUGAUGAAUUUAGUUUGACUUUAAUUGUUUAAUGCAGGGACCUAUUGUGAUUGAUAAAAGUUAGAAAGGAGUGACUUCAUGCCUCCUAUUAUCCGUAACGUAAUAACACUGAUAAUUAGAGAAAUGAAGACAGUAACAAAUGCUUGUUUCAUAAAUCAAAUUAAAACUGAACCUGAUAUAAAUCCAAUUCUUGUUCUGUUGACUGUGUGUAGUUUAAAUGAUAUGUCUGUUUACACAUAAGAGCGUUUCCUUUUGCAGAAGCCAGUAAAAUUAAAUCAAUGAUCUUCCUCUUCAGGGCCACUGCACUCCUCCUUUCAGUCAGCCACCUGGUGCUGGUCACCCGCAACGCCUGUCACAUGUCCGGCAGUAUGGACUGGAUUGAUCAGUCGCUCCAUGCGGCUGAGGAUCACAUGGUGGUUUUGCGUGAGGCGGCACUGGCUUCUGAACCAGAACGAAACAUACCUGGAGCUGACGCACAGAAAGAACAGGCCAUCUAAAGAAAACACAGAUGAUCACAAACAGAAAACAACAACAACAACAACAACAGGACAUAAAACAUGUCCAUUUAUCCUUGAGCUGCCUCUUUCCACAACUCUGUUCUGAAUUUAUAGUUGACAGGCACAUCUUCUGCAGGACUGUGUUGCUCUCUAACAUUAUCAUCAAACAAUUAGGCUGUGCUGAUUUUUAAAGGCACCCUUAUUCAGACAUCUUUCUGCAUCUUUUUUAUCAUAUUUUCAGGUAAAAAGUGCUCCCAGCUUUCAAAUAGCCUCAUUUCUAAAAGGUUGAUAUCACAUAUUAAUGUACAGGUGGGUUUUUGUGUGUGUAAGCAUACAGCAGAUCUUUAAAGCUGUGGUCUGUUGAAGGUGUAAGCUGCCUGCAAGUAAAAGGCUUUUAAAAAUUUCUUCAAGAGUGCGCCAUCGCCCAGCGGUGGGCCUAAAUCCAAUCUCGCCGUCACAUGGAGGCUUAGUCAGCUAAUCCAUUCUGAGGAAAAUAACACCCAGUUAGCCAGUGAACCCAAAGGGGCUCCAGCCCUGUGGACUAAUAGAAGCCCAACCUGGUGUAUUAACAGUCUGUACUAUCAGCGUGACUUUUGGAUGUUCCAAAACAUCCCGCUGUUGCUCAUAGUUAAAAAUCACCAGUCUGGGACUUUUCAGGGACUCAUAGUAUUCGUUUUUCGCCACAUCAGCAACCCAGUAAACAUUUUUCCAGUUGAGUAAUGGUCUGUUUGUGCCUUUGCUGCAUGUUAUCAUGUUUAAUUAAGGUUGAUAACUCCACCUCUGGAAAGUUAAUAUCUUCCUGUUGGUCCAGGUUCAGGCACUCAUGGUCCCAGAGAAAGGAUCUUAGUGCUCUUUGGUGAUCACCUGAUAUUUAUUUUAUUGUUACGAGCAGGUUCACAGUUGUGGUUUCCAGCAUGUCAAGAACAUGAAGAUGUCAGUAUCUUAAGUUAUUAGGACACUGGUACAGAAACUUCUGAACCUCACAGGGAGGAUCAUUUCACUAAAGUUCUAAAAGUUCUGAACUUUUGCUUGUCUUAUGGCAAUUUACUUUGCAUUUAACACUACUGAGUGUGAAAUAACCAAUACCAGAGAAAAGAUGGGGAGCUUUGCUACUGCUGAGAAUCAGCAUGUUGGCAGCUAACACACCAACUCCCAAAACAAUCAUAGUGGCAUUUCUCUAAACUGGCACGUCCGCUUUAGAUUCCACUGAACCUUACAAGAGCAAUUCAAGUGCUUUUACUUCAAAGUUAUCAAACAACCAUAGCCACAGUCACAGUGACACACAGUACUGCUAAAACGUUAGCAUGUUAGGACUGUAGCAUCCGACUGACUUCCUGUGCAGAGUCUUGGAGUCACUCCAACAGAGUAAUUCAAGAAACAUUUGCUCUUUUAUCCUUGCAAAAAAGAGCUAAAGUUUGAUUAGAAACCCAAGUGCAGCAGCUGUGUCCAUUCACCAAAACAGGAACAAGGAUAAUUCACAAACGUCUAGAUAUUUUGAGUGCCUCACCAUCAACUUUAAAAAGUGCACCUGUUUGUACAAGUACUCCUCCACACUAUGAGGACACUGAGAGUUUGUGUGCUCUCUUGUGCUUGGAGGAUGCUUUUGAACAGCAAGUUGGUUGAGGUGAGGCAGAGUGAGUGAGUUGUUUUGGGUAAGAGGGUUGUUCUUGAAGUAUUUCUACCUGCUCCUCCAUGCAUAGCUGAUAGUGAAUCCAAAAGGGGUCUUGAUGAGGCUUUACCCACAGCCACAGUAAACAUACACAAAGCCACAUGCACACAAGGCUGACAACUUGACUCACUGGUACAUCAUAUAACAGAGAGGUGUGUCACACAAGUUACCAGGAGGAGUUUUAAAUUUGCAAUAAUGUUUGGAGAUACUGAUCAAAGAGGAAACAUUUAGAAAGUGGUUAGCCUUUUAUUAUUUUUUUGUUUACAUUGUUUAUUAUAGCAUCGAUCUUUUUAUUUGCAAGCACUCCUUUGUUUUCUCAUCCUUUCCCCACAGUUUGCUACUGAUGUCCUCCCCUCACUCCCACUCUUCUUUCUCUUUGUUUUUCUCAUUGAUUUGUACAGAUAAAAUGAAGUUUCAUAGGAAAAUGUAUUUUGUUUUUGCUCUGAACAAUAGCUACGGAGAAAUCCACGUCUGAUAAAAAGUUCACACACUAAUUUGACAUAAAUAAAAAGUGAAUUCUUUUCUUGUA